UGCUGGGAGCUUGGUGAUGCUGUGACAUGCUUGGAUAAGGAGUACGAAUACAAGGGAAGGUGCUGCAACCGGUGUCAGCCAGGGCAAAAGCUGGUCUCUGACUGCAAUGAAACACAUGUGUCUGUCUGCACCAGCUGUGAGAGUGGACACUAUCAGCAGAGCUGGACCAAGGAGAAGCACUGUGCUCCUCACGAUAUCUGUGAAGACAAUGCUGGCCUUAUUGUGAAGACAGAAGGAAAUGUUACACACAACACAGUGUGUCAGUGCCAAGCCGGCACACACUGCUCGGACACCAGCUGCCAGACCUGUGUGGAGAACCAGCCCUGCCAGCUUGGCUUUGGCUUUGUGACAGCCAAGGCUGUGGACCGGAUGACAUCCCCCUGUGAACCCUGUGCAGAAGGCACUUUCUCCAACGUUUCCUCUAAAACUGAGCCGUGCCAUCCCUGGACAAGCUGUGAGGAAAAGGGGCUGGCUGUGAAAGUGAAAGGGACAAACACCUCGGAUGUGAUUUGUGAGUCAGGCAGGCGCUCCUCGCUGUCGGUGCUGAUCCCCAUCACAGCUGCGGUUGUCACGUGUCUCAUGGGUGUCUUCAUCUACUGCCUAGUCCACACAGAUUCCAGGCGACAGAUGGAGAAGGAGAUAGAGGCUGGGAAGCCCGGAGAGAACCCAGAUACCCCGGAGCCCACGGAGCAGGAUGAGAAUGUCUUGCCUGUGCAGGAGACCCUGCUCAGGGGCCAGCCCGUGGCCCAAGAGGAUGGCAAGGAGAGCC